AUGCCACCCUUCACAAUCCAACCACCAACCCCAGCCCACGCAACUCUGACCUACCCAGCACCCCACAUCCUCCUCGUCACGCUAAACCGACCCCGCGAUCUAAACUGCAUAAACGCGCAAGGUCACGCAGACCUCCACGCAAUCUGGGAAUGGCUCGACGAAGAGCCGAGCAUGCGCGUAGGCAUUCUAACCGGAAAAGGACGAGCGUUUUGCGCCGGCGCCGAUCUAAAAGAAUGGAACGACCGCACCUCGGGAGCAACGACAACCUCUAGCUCCGUGACCCCGAUGCCACACAGCGGGUUCGGUGGACUAGCGAGACGCAAGGGCAAGAAACCCGUGAUCUGCGCUGUGAACGGGCUCUGUCUUGGUGGGGGUGCGGAGAUGAUUAUCAAUAGCGAUAUUGUGAUUGCGUCUUCGCGGGCGGUGUUUGGAUUGCCGGAGGUGAAGCGUGGAGUUGUUGCUCUUGCUGGGGCGUUACCGCGGCUUGUGCGGACCGUCGGGAAGCAGCGGGCUAUGGAGAUGGUUCUCACGGGGCGGAUGGUUAGUGCUGUGGAGGCGGAAAGGUGGGGCCUUGUUAAUUCUGUUGUUGCGGUUGGUGAGAAGGAUGGGGAGGAGGAGAUUGGCAGGGCUGUUUUAGAGAAGGCUUUGGGGGUUGCUGAGGAGAUUUCGGGAAAUAGUCCUGAUUCGGUGCUUGUUAGUCGCGAGGGAGUGAAAUUGGGGUGGGAGGGGAUUGGGGCGGAUGAGGCGACGGCGAUGUUGAAUGAAACUUGGGUGAAGAGAUUGUAUGAGGGGGAGAAUAUUCAAGAGGGACUAAAGGCUUUUGUAGAGAAGCGAAAGCCAGUGUGGGUUGAUAGUAAGUUGUAG